AUGGCAGACGGUCGAUCUUCCGCCUCCGUCGUUGCUGUUGAUCCUGAGAAGGCCGCACGGGAAAGGGAUGAGGCGGCCCGUGCCCUUCUUCGGGACAGCCCCUUGCAAACACACUUGCAAUACAUGACCAACGGCCUCGAGCUCACUGUGCCUUUCACAUUGAAGGUUGUUGCAGAGGCGGUUGCUUUCUCGCGCGCCAAAGAGGUAGCGGAUGAAGUUCUCCGCUCCGCUUGGCAUCUUGCAGAUACCGUUCUGAACAAUUUUAACCCCAACAGUGAGAUCUCCAUGAUUGGCAGGCUUCCAGUUGGUCAAAAGCACACGAUGUCUGCCACGCUUAAGAGUGUCAUUACGUGCUGUCAACACGUCUUUAACUCUUCCCGUGGGGUGUUUGACCCUGCCACUGGACCAAUCAUUGAGGCGUUACGUGCCAAAGUUGCAGAGAAAGCCUCAGUGUCGGAUGAACAGAUGGAGAAGCUUUUCCGGGUCUGCAACUUUUCCAGCAGCUUCAUCGUUGACUUGGAAAUGGGCACCAUCGCCCGCAAGCACGAAGAUGCUCGCUUUGAUCUGGGCGGUGUGAGCAAGGGCUACAUAGUGGACUACGUCGUGGAGAGGUUAAACGCAGCUGGAAUUGUCGAUGUGUACUUUGAAUGGGGCGGUGACUGUCGUGCAAGUGGUACGAACGCGCGACGCACACCAUGGAUGGUAGGCAUUAUUCGCCCGCCGUCCCUGGAGCAAUUGCGAAAUCCGCCAAAAGACCCUUCAUAUAUCCGUGUCCUGCCACUCAACGAUGAGGCUCUGUGUACGAGUGGGGACUACGAGAACUUGACAGAAGGCUCCAACAAGAAGCUUUACACUUCCAUCUUUGACUGGAAAAAGAGAAGUCUGCUGGAGCCCGUUGAAAGUGAACUGGCGCAGGUUUCCAUCAGGUGCUACAGCGCAAUGUACGCUGACGCACUUGCAACGGCAAGCCUCAUCAAACGUGACAUUAAAAAAGUACGGCAAAUGUUGGAGGACUGGCGUCACGUGCGAAAUCGCGUCACGAAUUACGUUACCUACACACGACAGGGCGAACGCGUAGCCCGUAUGUUUGAAAUAGCCACUGAUAACGCCGAGAUUCGCAAAAAACGUAUUGCCGGUUCUCUUCCUGCACGCGUAAUUGUUGUGGGUGGUGGUCUUGCCGGGUUGUCUGCAGCCAUCGAGGCCACCGCCUGCGGAGCCCAAGUCAUCCUCCUGGAGAAGGAACCGAAGGUUGGUGGCAACAGCGCCAAGGCAACGUCCGGCAUCAAUGGCUGGGGCACACGCGCACAGGCAGAGCAGGAUGUCUAUGACAGCGGGAAGUACUUUGAGCGCGAUACGCACAAAUCGGGUCUCGGCGGCAGCACCGACCCCGGUCUGGUGCGCACACUCUCCGUAAAGAGCGGGGAUGCCAUUUCUUGGCUUUCGUCGCUUGGCGUUCCACUGACAGUGCUUUCGCAGCUUGGCGGGCACAGCCGCAAGCGCACGCACCGUGCCCCCGAUAAGGCAGACGGCACUCCUGUGCCCAUUGGUUUCACCAUCAUGCAAACGCUUGAGCAGCACGUUCGCACGAAGCUGGCGGAUCGCGUGACGAUCAUGGAAAACACUACUGUCACUUCACUGCUGAGCAAGUCCCGGGUGCGCCAUGAUGGUGCCAAACAGGUGAGGGUGUACGGCGUGGAAGUACUGCAGGACGAGGGGGUGGUAUCAAGGAUACUGGCGGAUGCCGUCAUUCUCGCCACCGGCGGCUUUUCAAAUGACAAGACGCCCAACUCGCUUCUCCAGGAGUUUGCGCCGCAGUUGUCCGGCUUCCCCACAACCAAUGGACCGUGGGCCACGGGUGACGGCGUCAAGCUUGCACGUGAACUGGGGGUGAAGCUUGUCGACAUGGACAAGGUACAACUUCACCCGACAGGCCUCAUCGACCCGAAAGACCCCGCAAACCCGACCAAGUACCUUGGCCCGGAGGCGCUGCGUGGGUCGGGCGGCGUCCUGCUAAACAAGAAGGGUGAGCGGUUUGUCAAUGAGCUUGACCUCCGUUCCGUGGUCUCCAACGCCAUCAUUGAGCAGGGCGACGAAUACCCCGAUGCAGGUGGUAGCAAAUUUGCCUUCUGUGUGCUCAAUGACGCAGCGGUGAAGCUCUUCGGCGUGAAUUCCCACGGCUUUUAUUGGAAGCGUCUUGGUCUUUUUGUAAAGGCUGACACAGUGGAAAAGCUUGCGGCACUCAUUGGAUGCCCUGUGGAGAAUGUGCGGAAUACGCUGGGGGACUACGAGCAGCUCUCAAAAGAAAACCGUCAAUGCCCUAAGACUCGCAAGGUUGUCUACCCGUGUGUGGUGGGACCGCAGGGUCCCUUUUAUGUUGCCUUUGUGACGCCGUCGAUCCACUACACAAUGGGCGGCUGCCUCAUCUCGCCCUCGGCAGAGAUGCAGUUGGAAGAAAACACGACCUCUCCCUUUGGCCAUCGCCGUCCUAUUUUUGGCUUGUUUGGUGCGGGCGAGGUGACGGGCGGAGUGCAUGGUGGAAAUCGGCUUGGUGGCAAUUCGCUGCUGGAAUGCGUCGUCUUUGGCCGCAUUGCUGGGGAUCGUGCCGCAACAAUCCUGCAGAAGAAACCUGUGCCGCUGUCAUUUAAAACCUGGACGACAGUGAUUUUGCGCGAGGUGCGGGAGGGUGGAAUGUACGGAACUGGCUCUCGUGUGCUGCGGUUUAACCUUCCGGGUGCCUUGCAGCGUUCUGGGCUUCAACUCGGCCAGUUUAUUGCCAUCCGCGGUGAGUGGGAUGGCCAGCAGCUCAUUGGGUACUACAGCCCCAUCACAUUGCCGGACGAUCUUGGCGUCAUUGGUAUCCUGGCGAGGAGUGACAAGGGGACUUUGAAGGAGUGGAUUUCCGCCCUAGAACCAGGCGAUGCGGUGGAGAUGAAAGGUUGCGGUGGCCUGGUGAUUGAGCGCCGUUUCAGCGAACGAUACUUGUACUUUUCAGGCCAUGCGCUGAAAAAACUUUGCCUUAUUGCCGGCGGCACAGGUGUGGCACCGAUGCUGCAGAUCAUUCGUGCCGCACUCAAGAAGCCGUUCCUUGAAAAUAUCGAGAGCAUCCGCCUCAUCUACGCUGCCGAAGAUGUCUCGGAGCUCACGUACCGCGAACUGCUUGAACAUCACCAGCGAGAUUCAAAGGGAAAGUUUCGCAGUAUUUUUGUUUUGAAUCGCCCUCCACCAAUUUGGACUGACGGCGUUGGGUUCAUUGACAAGAAGCUUCUGAGCUCAUCCGUACAACCGCCGGCAAAAGAUCUGUUGGUGGCCAUCUGCGGCCCGCCAAUUAUGCAGCGCGUUGUCAAGACGUGCCUGAAGAGUCUUGGGUACGACAUGCAACUAGUGCGUACUGUCGACGAAGUGGAAACCCAGAACUCAUCCAAGAUGUAA